AUGCGUAAUAUUGCUGGCCAGGCAGUAGCUGGCCAGGCAGUAGCUGGCCAGGCAGUAGCUGGCCAGGCAGUAGCUAGCCAGGCAAUAGCUGGCCAGGCAGUAGCUGGCCAGGCAGUAGCUAGCCAGGCAGUAGCUGGCCAGGUAAUAGCUAGCCAGGCAGUAGCUGGCCUGGCAGUAGCUGGCCAGGCAGUAGCUGGCCAGGCAGUAGCUGGCCAGGCAGUAGCUGGCCAGGCAGUAGCUGGCCAGGCAGUAGCUGGCCAGGUAAUAGCUAGCCAGGCAGUAGCUGGCCUGGCAGUAGCUGGCCAGGCAGUAGCUGGCCAGGCAGUAGCUAGCCAGGCAGUAGCUGGCCAGGCAGUAGCUGGCCAGGCAGUAGCUGGCCAGGCAGUAGCUGGCCAAGCAGUAGCUGGCCAGGCAGUAGCUGGCCAGGUAAUAGCUAGCCAGGCAGUAGCUGGCCAGGCAGUAGCUGGCCAGGCAGUAGCUGGCCAGGCAGUAGCUAGCCAGGCAGUAGCUGGCCAGGCAGUAGCUAGCCAGGCAGUAGCUGGCCAGGCAAUAGCUGGCCAGGCAGUAGCUGGCCAAGCAGUAGCUGGCCAGGCAGUAGCUGGCCAGGUAAUAGCUAGCCAGGCAGUAGCUGGCCUGGCAGUAGCUGGCCAGGCAGUAGCUGGCCAGGCAGUAGCUAGCCAGGCAGUAGCUGGCCAGGCAGUAGCUGGCCAGGCAGUAGCUGGCCAGGCAGUAGCUGGCCAGGCAGUAGCUGGGCAGGCAGUAGCUAGCCAGGCAGUAGCUGGCCUGGCAGUAGCUGGCCAGGCAGUAGCUGGCCUGGCAGUAGCUGGCCAGGCAGUAGCUAGCCAGGCAGUAGCUGGGCAGGCAGUAGCUGGCCAGGCAGUAGCUGGCCAGGUAAUAGCUAGCCAGGCAGUAGCUGGCCUGGCAGUAGCUGGCCAGGCAGUAGCUGGCCAGGCAGUAGCUAGCCAGGCAGUAGCUGGCCAGGCAGUAGCUGGCCAGGCAGUAGCUGGCCAGGCAGUAGCUGGCCAAGCAGUAGCUGGCCAGGCAGUAGCUGGCCAGGUAAUAGCUAGCCAGGCAGUAGCUGGCCAGGCAGUAGCUGGCCAGGCAGUAGCUGGCCAGGCAGUAGCUAGCCAGGCAGUAGCUGGCCAGGCAGUAGCUAGCCAGGCAGUAGCUGGCCAGGCAAUAGCUGGCCAGGCAGUAGCUGGCCAAGCAGUAGCUGGCCAGGCAGUAGCUGGCCAGGUAAUAGCUAGCCAGGCAGUAGCUGGCCUGGCAGUAGCUGGCCAGGCAGUAGCUGGCCAGGCAGUAGCUAGCCAGGCAGUAGCUGGCCAGGCAGUAGCUGGCCAGGCAGUAGCUGGCCAGGCAGUAGCUGGCCAGGCAGUAGCUGGGCAGGCAGUAGCUCGCCAGGCAGUAGCUGGCCUGGCAGUAGCUGGCCAGGCAGUAGCUGGCCUGGCAGUAGCUGGCCAGGCAGUAGCUAGCCAGGCAGUAGCUGGGCAGGCAGUAGCUGGCCAGGCAGUAGCUGUCCAGGCAGUAGCUGGCCUGGCAGUAGCUGGCCAGGCAGUAGCUGGCCAGGCAGUAGCUGGGCAGGCAGUAGCUGGCCAGGCAGUAGCUGGCCUGACAGUAGCUGGCCAGGCAGUAGCUGGGCAGGCAGUAGCUGGGCAGGCAGUAGCUGGCCAGGCAGUAGCUGGCCUGGCAGUAGCUGGCCUGGCAGUAGCUGGCCAGGCAGUAGCUGGCCUGGCAGUAGCUGGCCAGGCAGUAGCUGGCCAGGCAGUAGCUAGCCAGGCAGUAGCUGGCCAGGCAGUAGCUGGCCUGGCAGUAGCUGGCCUGGCAGUAGCUGGCCAGGCAGUAGCUAGCCAGGCAGUAGCUGGCCUGGCAGUAGCUGGCCAGGCAGUAGCUGGCCUGGCAGUAGCUGGCCAGGCAGUAGCUGGGCAGGCAGUAGCUGGCCAGGCAGUAGCUGGGCAGGCAGUAGCUGGCCAGGCAGUAGCUGGCCAGGCAGUAGCUGGGCAGGCAGUAGCUGGGCAGGCAGUAGCUAGCCAGGCAGUAGCUGGCCAGGCAGUAGCUCGCCAGGCAGUAGCUGGGCAGGCAGUAGCUUGCCAGGCAGUAGCUAGCCAGGCAGUAGCUGGGCAGGCAGUAGCUGGCCUGGCAGUAGCUGGCCAGGCAGUUGCUGGGCAGGCAGUAUUUGGGCAGGCAGUAGCUAGCCAGGCAGUAGCUGGCCAGGCAGUAGCUGGCCAGGCAGUAGCUGGGCAGGCAGUAGCCGGCCAGGCAGUAGCUGGCCAGGCAGUAGCUGGCCAGGCAGUAGCUGGCCAGGCAGUAGCUAGCCAGGCAGUAGCUGGCCAGGCAAUAGCUGGCCAGGCAGUAGCUGGCCAAGCAGUAGCUGGCCAGGCAGUAGCUGGCCAGGUAAUAGCUAGCCAGGCAGUAGCUGGCCAGGCAGUAGCUGGCCAGGCAGUAGCUGGCCAGGCAGUAGCUAGCCAGGCAGUAGCUGGCCAGGCAGUAGCUGGCCAGGCAGUAGCUGGCCAGGCAGUAGCUGGCCAGGCAGUAGCUGGGCAGGCAGUAGCUAGCCAGGCAGUAGCUGGCCUGGCAGUAGCUGGCCAGGCAGUAGCUGGCCUGGCAGUAGCUGGCCAGGCAGUAGCUAGCCAGGCAGUAGCUGGGCAGGCAGUAGCUGGCCAGGCAGUAGCUGUCCAGGCAGUAGCUGGCCUGGCAGUAGCUGGCCAGGCAGUAGCUGGCCUGGCAGUAGCUGGCCAGGCAGUAGCUGGCCAGGCAGUAGCUGGGCAGGCAGUAGCUGGCCAGGCAGUAGCUGGCCUGACAGUAGCUGGCCAGGCAGUAGCUGGGCAGGCAGGAGCUGGGCAGGCAGUAGCUGGCCAGGCAGUAGCUGGCCUGGCAGUAGCUGGCCUGGCAGUAGCUGGCCAGGCAGUAGCUGGCCUGGCAGUAGCUGGCCAGGCAGUAGCUGGCCAGGCAGUAGCUAGCCAGGCAGUAGCUGGCCUGGCAGUAGCUGGCCAGGCAGUAGCUGGCCUGGCAGUAGCUGGCCAGGCAGUAGCUGGGCAGGCAGUAGCUGGCCAGGCAGUAGCUGGGCAGGCAGUAGCUGGCCAGGCAGUAGCUGGCCAGGCAGUAGCUGGGCAGGCAGUAGCUGGGCAGGCAGUAGCUAGCCAGGCAGUAGCUGGCCAGGCAGUAGCUGGCCAGGCAGUAGCUGGGCAGGCAGUAGCUUGCCAGGCAGUAGCUAGCCAGGCAGUAGCUGGGCAGGCAGUAGCUGGCCUGGCAGUAGCUGGCCAGGCAGUAGCUGGGCAGGCAGUAUUUGGGCAGGCAGUAGCUAGCCAGGCAGUAGCUGGCCAGGCAGUAGCUGGCCAGGCAGUAGCUGGGCAGGCAGUAGCCGGCCAGGCAGUAGCUGGCCAGGCAGUAGCUGGCCAGGCAGUAGGUGGCCAGGCACCAGCUGGCCAGGCAGUAGCUAGCCAGGCAGUAGCUGGCCAGGCAGCAGCUGGCCAGGCAGUAGCUGGCCAGGCAGCAGCUGGCCAGGCAGUAGCUGGCCAGGCAGCAGCUGGCCAGGCAGUAGCUGGCCAGGCAGCAGCUGGCCAGGCAGUAGCUGGGCAGGCAGUAGCCUUCACUGCAACUUGGCAGUGA